AGAGUUAUAAACCUUUCUCUAAUCUAUCCUUGGCAAAGCCUGGACAGUGACGCGGCCGCCCUUUCCUCCCUCUCUCCCUCCUUUUCUCCUCCCCGCCUCCCUGCAGACAGGAGGAGGGGAGAUGGGAGGAGUAAGCGAGCUGGGCAGAGCUGGAAACUGGGCACUGCACACAGUGAGAGAGCUGGAGAGCUAAGCGCUGGAGAACUGGGCAGCCAAAGCUCCGAGCUGCCGAUGCCGCGGUUGCCUUCAGUGGCUGCAUCACCUGGAAUAGAAGCAAAAGGACACUUCUCCACCCUCUAUUACCUUUCGCAGCUGCAGCAUUCCUGACCAUUCUUCCUCUCCUAGCUGCUAGAUUUUGGGGGGUGGGGUAAGGGAAGCAGGAAAGAAAGUGUAACUCUUAACAAGAUUGGCUUGUUAUUUUUAUGAUUAUUUAGUGGAGUUUAAUUUAAUUUAAUUUUGUGCGUGUUUUCGCCCUACAUCUCCCGGAAGCGGUAUUGCAUUGUCUCCUAAUCUCAGAGGGGGCCAGAGUUGCUGGGGGCCAGAUUUGGUAGCGGCUCCCCUGGGCAUGGCUUCAGCUGGCAGCGGGAUGGAGGAGGUGCGUGUGUCGGUGCUGACCCCGCUGAAGCUAGUGGGGCUGGUAUGCAUCUUCCUGGCUCUGUGUCUGGAUCUGGGAGCGGUACUGAGCCCGGCCUGGGUCACAGCGGAUCAUCAAUAUUACCUGUCCCUGUGGGAGUGCUGCCGGAAACCCGCCAACGUUGACAUCUGGCACUGCGAGUCCACUCUGAGCAGCGAUUGGCAGAUUGCUACAUUGGCCUUACUCUUGGGUGGUGCUGCCAUCAUUCUCAUUGCCUUCUUGGUUGGUUUGAUAUCGAUCUGUGUGGGAUCUCGGAGACGUUUCUAUAGACCAGUUGCUGUGAUGCUUUUUGCAGCAGUUGUUCUACAGGUGUGCAGCCUUGUCCUCUACCCAAUCAAAUUCAUUGAAACCGUGAGCCUGAAAAUUUACCAUGAGUUCAACUGGGGUUACGGUCUGGCUUGGGGCGCAACUAUAUUUUCAUUUGGGGGUGCCAUCCUUUAUUGCCUGAACCCAAAGAACUAUGAAGACUACUACUAGAAACAAGUCUCCAAAGAAAAUAUAAACAAAGGAUUAUUACAUCUUUUCUAAUAUGGUUUUCUAGAACACUUGCGAAGCAUCAAAGCAGUUUGAUCUGUUGACUUACAAUCCUCUGCCCUUUGGCUGCUGACAUUAUAAACAGCUUUUACAUAUGUUUUGGGGACCUGCAGAAAUUAAGAGAGCUGAUUAAACUUUAGCAAAUGCUGCAAGCUUCCUAUAUGUUAACAUCAUUUUACUUGACAAGUGAAGGAUCUAUGUGAAAGGCCAUUGUAGGAAAACUAGUGGGGGGAAAAAUGCCAGCAUCCCCUCUUGCCUGUGGGGGAGCAGCUGGCAGAAGCUCCAUUUUAGAAUUUCCUAACAAGGACAAGGAUUUAGCUGUUAAUAGUCUUCUUUUGCAAGCUUAUCCUACCCAAUCACUUCAUUAGUCCUUAGUCACUAGCUUAAUAAUUUCUUGAAGAAUGAGCUUCCUUUUAGUAUCUACCGAGAGUAAUGAAUGUGACCAGUUAAUAACUCAAGUUCCACGCUGAAGAAUCUUCUUAGUAAUGGGAGUUUAUGCAUUGGCAAUCACCAUCUCUCUGCUAGUUGUGGCAGAGCAGAGAAGUCAAGAUUUGGAGACAUUUGCUUUUAAUUAUGUGGUUAAGAGUUGUGCCUCUGCCAUAACUAGUAUAAGGGGAAAAUGGAGGGCCUCUCCUUUUCCCACAGGCAAGCAGAAAGGAAAAAAAAUGCAUGAAUUGCAUUUGUCCUAAAUAAGCUCUCAGUCAUUUUACAAAUAUUGCAGUAAGGAAAUGUGCACAUCUAACAAGUCUAAUUAUUUUUGUAGAAGGUGAUCAUUUAGUACAAAUUGCAAUGAUAUAGAUCCCAACUCCCUUGCACAGACUUCUAUGACAUAUAAAACCCAAGAAGUUUGAGCACUAACCUGGUGCACCUUGUUAAGCAUCUUGGACCGGUACCCCCCUCUUAGCUGAUUUGCCAAAAUCCAUCUGCCUAAGUUAUUUGCUGUAUGCUCCCUUCAAGAUGUCAUUAUCAGGAGAAUUUUCUUUGAGAUGUAGGAACAGAAUGUUAAACUUAAAUGGGGUGAAUUAUAAAAUGAAGGCCUAAAGUAGUUCAAAGUAGAUUGAUAUUAGGAUUACAAUUUUUCUUUAACGCCUUUAAAAUAGAAGCUGCUCUUUUAAUUUCAGGAACCUCAAAUAUCUAGGUGCUUUUUUUUUUUCUUAAAAAGCAGAGAGAAUUAUAUAUAGGCUAAGAUUAGAGGACUAGAGUUCAUCUGAUAAUUACAUUGUCCUCUGAAUGUAACCAAUUGGCUGAGAAUUUCAUGCCUUCAACUAUUCUAAUACAUAUUUAAAGUGCCCCAAUUUUAAUCCUUCAUAGACUGUUUAAGUUAAGGGAAGUGCCAACAGAAGAAGUAGAUUUGCAACAAAGUUCAUGUUGCAAAUUACUAUAUUUAUUUCUGUUUAAUGCUUUCUAAUUUGGGUACUUAAAUUAAUUAUAAACAUAUUUUUAUAUCAUAUAUACAGUUCUAAUAUAAAAGUUAAAAUACUUAUUUUUGUUAACAAAGACAUGGAAAUGAAAUGUACUAGUUGGCCCUUUUGCCGGAAGAGACAAGGAAAAUCUUUUAAAAUGCUCCAGUGUGCUGUUGUGUUCCUGGUUCCACAGAGGGACUGCAGAAUCCAUUAACAGCAUGACUACAUCUCUAGUAUUAAAUGCAUUGGUCACAGCUCACAAAACAGGGCCCCUGCUUCCAGCUUGUCAUUGUUUAAGUGCUGUUGCCAAACAACAAAAGCCCAACCCACCACAACUCUCUACUUUCCUGUUUAAAUACAGAACUUCUGUUUGUUGAAUUUUCCAGUAUGCAUCUUGUAGAAACACAAAUGAAAUAAGAAAUGAGAAGUGGAAGACUUAGUCUGUUUUAGCAAAAUCAACCAAACUGGUCAAAAGUGCCUCAGGAUGACAUUCUUUGGAAAAUUUUAGGAGAUGGAAGAAAAUUUAGUUUGAUUUCCGUGAAAGGCACUCAAAAAUCUUUUGAACCAGUUUUCUCAGAAAUACUACUGUUUCUGGCAUAGACAACUUUACAGCUAAUUAGAUAUCCUCAUUGAGCAGCAUGAAGAACACAAACUUUGUAGUGCUAUUUAAGCUACUCAAAACAAUAAUCCCUCUCUAUUGUGAGAGGAUGCCUUUUUUAUUCUCAAAUAAUGAAAGAACAGAUCUGUGGUGCUGGCAUCAAUCAGUAAGGCAAUUAGUCAUUCAAGAGGAUACAGUGUGCUCUUAGACCAAUAUCACAUCUACACAGAUUACCAAGAUUUCAUUCUGUCAUUAUUUCAAGGAAGAAAUGACGUGUUAUGGGCUAAAGCAUGCAUAGUUUCAGAUUACUGGUACUUUUCUAAUAUGAUUUCUUUUAUCUUUCCAGUGAAGAGCCCCAUGUCCUAGUUCAACCAAUGCCAAUAUUUGGAAAUGUUUUAUACUGAUCCACAAGUUCAGUGCAUAACAGAAUACCUAAAGGUUUCAAUGCACUCAAUAUGAUAUGCUUAGUUUCAGAAUAAAUACAACAAAAAUACUUAUCUACAUCAUUCUUAUCAUGUCUGCUCUUCUAUAGUCUUACUUUGUUUUCUCUUACAAGUAAAGUUAUUUUCCUUACACAAAUCCAAUGUAUCUUCUAGCUACAUGUAUACAAACACACACACACACACACACAUUCACACACACACACAUUCACACAUUAAGCAGGGCUAGUUAUUUGUAUUUCUCAAGCUUAAUCUAUUCCGUCCGGUGCUGACCUGUACAAGGCACCUCUCUUGGAUUUCUUGCACAACUAUGUUUUAGCUUUUGUAAGUUCAAUAUGUAAAUUUUAAAGACAUAAAUAUAGAGAGACUUAUGUAUUUGAAAUAUAAAUGAUAUAUAUGGAUUAGCAUGUAACUGUAUAUUAUUAAACAUGCAAUGAAAUGACUGGUAAGUGAAGUCUAAUCUUAUGACUAGCGAUGUAAUUUAUUCAGACCGUAUUUUUGUACAGAACUGUGCACACUAACCUAUUGCCUCUGUGUCCUCUUUAAAGCCUAAAACUGUGCCUAGAGAUUUCAUCUGUCUUUAAAAAAAAAUUAAAUCUAUUUCAUGCUGUUAA